UUCCAUCCAGUUUCACCUUCAAAAUCCCCAGUUCGAGCUGGUGAGCUAGUCUCACUCUCUCCCAAGUCCCAACUCCCAAUAUCGUGUACGAAACCAACGAAAUGCACGGUGUCCAUGAGCUGGUGCUCAAGUCAUCAGCUAUGACCACGGUGAAGCCGGCACUACCGAUGCAAGGGCACCGCCUGCCGCUGUCUAACCUGGACCUGCUACUGCCGGCGCUGGACGUCAGCGUCUUCUUCUGCUACCGCCACCCGGCGCCCACGGCCUCCGCGCUCAAGGAGGCGCUGGCCAAGGUACUGGUGGCCUACUAUCCGCUAGCCGGGGAGGUCCUGGCCAACGCCGCAGGGGAGCCGGAGCUGCUGUGCAGCGGCCGCGGCGUGGACUUCGUGGAAGCUACCGCUGACGGAACCCAGCUGCAGGAAGUGCGGCUGGCCCUGCCGGACGAGAGCGCGGAGAAACUGGUGCCCGCCAAGAAGGCCGGCGUGAUAUCUGUUCAGGUGACCAAGUUCAAGUGCGGCGGCGCCGUCGUCGGGUGCACCUUCGACCACCGUGUGUGCGACGCCUACUCCUUCAACAUGUUCCUCGUCGCGUGGGCCGCCGCAGCCCGUGGUGGCUCAGCACCUCCGGCCCCGUCCUUCCGCCGUUCCGUAGUCGCCCCACGCUACCCGUCUCCGCGCACGUAUACCACCGACGCCCUGAUCAACCGCCUGUUCUCGCCUCUCAGCUCCGUCCUGCUCCCUUCCGCCUCGGCCGCUGCCAACUCCAUCAACCGCAUCUACCACAUAGCAGCCGACGACGUCGCAACACUGCAUGGCUUGGCCGGGCCAGGGCGCACGAAGCUCGAGGCGUUCACGGCCCACCUGUGGCAGCUGUGCUCCAUGGCGGCCUCCGGACACCAGCGUCUGUGCUGCAUGGGCAUGGUGGUGGACGGGCGUGCUCGCAUGUUCCCCGACGGCGCCAUGAAGGCCUACUUCGGCAACGUGCUGACCAUACCCUACGGCGUGAUCGGCGUCGACGAACUUCGCCGCAGCAUGACGCUCGCAGACGUGGCGGAGGAGGUGCACCGGUGGGUGCGGGAGGCCGCGACGGGCGAGCACUUCCGGGGCCUGAUCGACUGGGUGGAGGCGCUGCGGCCCAAGCCGGCCGCUGCCAGGGCGUACCAGGGCGGCACCGGCGGCUCGGAAGCGACGACGUGCAUCGUGUCAUCGGGGAUGGGCUUCCCCGUGGGCGAGGCUGAUUUCGGGACAGGUCUGCCAGCGUUCGCGUCAUACCACUUUCCGUGGCCUGCUGAUGCGGGGUACAUCAUGCCGAUGCCGAGCGCACGGGGUGACGGGGACUGGAUUGUGUACGUGCACGCGGUGCCAGAGUUGGUGAAGGUGAUGGAGGAAGAGCCAUCUGUUUUCAAAGCCCUAGAGAAUAGCUAUGUGUUCGGAUGAAGGAGGGUGCGUAGGUGGGGCACCCUGUAUGUAAUGCUGCUGGAUCGGCAGCUUCAUUGCUUAUUUCGAAUUCGUGUUCCGUAGGUGGGCCGGGCACCCUCUAAUGCUAGUGCCUAGCUAGUGUCCACACCAACUACA